GGGUGGGAUUUGGGGUGGGGGCACCCCGGGCUGCGCUCCCCGCUGGGUGCCCCGGGACCCCGCCCUGCCGGGGUGGGGGGCGCGGGGUGUUUGCAAAUGUGAGGGCUGUGCCGGGUGCUUGUGUCCCCCCCGUCCCUCCCCCGCUUUAACGAGAGGGCAAAGAGCAGCAGGGUGCGGUGCCAGCGCCCAGCCCUGUCUGUCCCCUGGCCGUGUCACCCUGGCACAGCCCGAGCGGCAGCGCCACCAUCGAGCAGGAUCGAGACGCUCUUGCUGCUCCCCGGCAAGAUGGGAGACCCCUUCGGGCGCUGGAGCAGCGCCCCGCCACGGCGUGAAUAUGAGGACAGCACCCCGCUCCGACAUUCCAACAGCUUCGCCCGCCUCACCGGGAAAAGCAUCUACAACCAGCGCAAGGACUACGGGCACAGCCUGCUCAAGCAACAGAACGAUUUCCAGCACCACGUUGAGCACCUGCUCACGAUGCACCUGGAGCGGGACCUGCGCAGCGCCGAGGAUUGUCUGGGGCGCCUGAGGGAGCUGGAGGAGCAGGGGCGGGUCUGGGGGCAGGAUGUCAUCCUGGCAGUCAAGGAGCAGGAGCUGGUGCUGAGCGAUGUGGAGAGCAAGGAGGAGCUGGAGGCUUUCCCGCUGGGCAGUGUGCAGGGAUGCUCCGCCGGGCUGGACAACACGGUGCUGGCCAUCAGUGUCCAGGACAGGAGCCCGCCGAGGACCAGCGUGCUGCUCUUCCAGUGCGAGCGGCUGGGGGCAGAGACGCUGAGGAGCAGCCUGGAGAAGGUGCUGAGGCAGAGGAAGGAGGAGCAGAGCAAUCACUACGGGCACAGGUACGGGGGCCCGGACAUGGCACCGAUCCCGGCCCCGCCGUACGCGGCUCCGGAGCGCCGGGCAGAGCCCCCCGAGCCCGAGUCCCCCGUGCCCCCCCGCCGUGGGGCGGCCCCCGAGCGUGGGGUGCUCCCCCCGCGUGGGCUGCUCUCCUCGGAAUACCGCGCGCCGGAGGCCCCGCAGAUGCCGCGGACCCAACCCCCGGCCCAGGCUGUGUCCGAGGCGGACCGAGAUGUUGAGGUUCUCAACCACGUCCUGAGGGACCUGGAGCUCUUCAUGGGCCGGCUGCACACGGCCCUGGACUCGGCCAGCACGAAGAAGAAGAAGCAGAAGAAGAAGAAUUCAGCGCUGCCCCCGAAGGAGGAGUACACGGAUUUCUUCCAGAAGGCGAAAUACGCCCUCAACCUCGUGGGACGGUCCCACCCCUACGUGUCGGACCCCGACCCCGCCGAGCUGCUGCGCCUCAUCUUCUCGGCUCUGUCCUUCGUCCUGUCCCACUGCCCCAGCCCCGGGCUGGCCCCGGCGGUGGAGAGUCCGCUGCUGCUGCCGGAGACGCUGCAAUUCCUCGAGCAGAACCUGAGUGAUGACGACUACGGCGUCUGGAAGGGCCUCGGCACUGCCUGGAACAAGUCCAGGGCUGAGUACCCCAACAGCGACCUGGUGCCCGCCUACACCCCGGUGUUUUCGGACGGGUGGCUGCCGCCCGUGAUGGAGCAGGAGCGCCACAGGGACCGGCAGGACGCCCCACCGCCUGCCUCAGUUUCCCCAGCUCCCCUGCGCCAGCCUCCCCUGUCCCUGCCCCCCGCACCGCCCCCGGCCACCGGCUGGAGGGACAGCCCCAGCCAGGGACCCCCUCUCCCUGCCCAGGGGCUGGUCCGAGCCCUGUACGACUUCCAGGCCAGGAACUCGCAGGAGCUGAGCGUCAGGAAGGGGGACACGCUGCAGGUCUUGGACCAGCAGAGGAAGUGGUGGCUGGUGCAGGACGAGCGGGGGGACCGGGGACACGUCCCUGGCAACAUCCUGGAGCCCCUCCCGGAGCCGGGGCACGGCGCCACACAGGACGGCCCCCCCAGCCUGCACCCCGACUCCUCCCCGGCAGAGGUGACGGCCUGGCUGGCGGACAAGGGCUUCUCGCGGAUCACGGUGCGGACUUUGGGGGUGCUGGCGGGGCAGGAGCUGCUGCGGAUGAGCCCGGCCGAGCUGCGAGCUGUGUGUCCCGAGGAGUGGCGGAGGGUCCUCUUCAAGCUGUCCCCCAUCAGGACAUCCCUGGGGAUCGAUCCCAGGGACUGAGCCACCGAGGCCACGCUGAUGUCCCCAAAGUGUCACCGCCCCCGAUGGAGCACCAGGGAAGGGCUGGACUCGGGGGCAAACCCACCCCCCACAUCCUGCCUGGCCCCUGCAGACACAGAACCACGCCUUGAAAUUAGAGAACGUCCCCCCCAAAGCCACCAGUGAGUGACACGAGGCCCCUGGACUUGUCCCCACGCACUGGAGGGCUCCUGGCGACCCCCGCCCAAAGGAACUGGGGGGCAGGCACUCCCCUCGGGGGGCCAGGAGCUGGGAAAUGACUUUGCACCCA